AUGUUCACAGGAGGUGAUAUGUUGGAAUGGGCUUCUCAGAUGAAGAUCAAGAUGCUGCACUCAACCCCAUACUAUGCACAAGCCAACGAGCAGGCCGAGGCAACUAACAAAGCUAUCAAACUUAUCGUCCAGAAAAUGAUCGAGGAAAACCCAAGACAAUGGCACGUAUUGCUGUCAGAAGCAGUUUGGGCGAAUAGGACUAGCCAAAAAUCGGCCACAGGAACUUCGCCGUUCAGGAUGGUGUAUGGGUAUCAUGCGAUGUUGCCAAUGGAGCUUACCAUAAUGUCUACUCGCCGUUUGCAUCAGAACAAAUUAUCCAAGGAUGAUUACUUCGAUAAAAUGGUGAUAGAAUCCCUAGAUCUCGACGAAGAAAGAAUGAUAGCAUUAGACCACCUCGAGGCGCAGAAGAGAAGGGUUGAACGAGCAUACAACAAGCGGGUGAAACCAAAAUCAUUUGCUAUAGGCAAUCUGGUGUGGAAGGCAAUCCUGCCUAUUGGCCAUAAAGAUAGGCGAUUUGGUAAAUGGUCCGAACUGGGAAGGUCCUUUCGUCAUAACUACCAAGUUGACAGGUGGCGCUUAUGUCCUGGCGAAUAUUGA